AUGCGUAAGCCGCUGAUUCGCAUCCCCUACACGGACAUCCUCGCGCCGCCCGUCCUCGUCCCGCCCUCCGCCGCCACCCUGCCUGGGGCCCUGGCUGCCCUCCGCCGCUUCCUCGUCUCGCCGCCGCCGAGUCACCUCCCGUCGUCGACCGUCGUCCUCACCGGUGCCGGCCUGUCGGUCGCCUCCGGUCUCGCCGACUACAGAGGCCCCAACGGCACGUAUCGCGUCAACAAGACGUACCGACCAAUCUAUCACCACGAGUUCCUCGGCAAGCACGAGGCGCGAAGGCGGUAUUGGGCGAGAAGCUUUCUCGGCUGGUCCAGUCUCCACAAGGCCUCGCCCAACGCCGGUCACUAUGCCAUCCGAGACUUGGGCGAGCUGGGCUUGAUUCGCCAUGUCAUUACGCAAAACGUCGAUUCCUUCCACCGCCAGGCGCACCCUCGCCUACCCUCCCUCGAACUGCAUGGCUACCUGAGAUGCAACAUCUGCACCACCUGCCGUGGUGAAUUUUCGCGAGACGAGUUCCAGCACGAGCUGUCCCGCCUCAACCCUCGCUGGGCUGACCUGCUGAGUGAGGCGUUGGCGUCCCGUGUCCUGGACACGGAGGACCCGGCACGGCCGAGGUUGAGUGGCCUCAAGCACAACCCCGACGGCGACGUCGACCUGCCCGAUGCCCCUUACACAACCUUUCGUUACCCCGCGUGCCCUCGAUGUGUAGCUCGGCCACCGGUGAUGCCCGAUGGUCAACGGCACAUCGUCGAGACCGAUGCUGAAGGAGCUUGGCAGCCGUCGAGUACGGCGGGCAUUCUCAAACCUGCCGUCGUCAUGUUUGGCGAGAACAUCGCCAGCCGUGUCAAGGUCGCGGCAGAAUCCGCCAUCGACGGCGCCGGUCGCCUCCUCGUCCUUGGCACAUCGUUGGCCACCUACUCGGCCUGGAGCUUGGCGAAGCGAGCGAAAGAUCGCGGAAUGCCCAUUGCCAUCAUCAACAUGGGCGGCGUCAGAGGUGAGGAUCAGCUCUUGACCGGUUUGGAUCCGCACCAAGCCGGCGAGCGAGGAGUGCGGGUCGAGUUUCCGACCGAUCAGCUGUUGCCCGCUCUGGUCUCUGCGCUGCGCGAGGACGAGGUGGCGUCGGCUGGCCAUUCUUCCGCUGCCGGAGUUUCGCGAGAGCAUCUCUUCAAGGAUAUGCUCUCAUAA